AUGUUUUAUGCAUGUCAUUCUACUACUAUUGGAAAGAAUAUGAAUAUGUGGUAUGUUGACAGUGCAUGUAGUAAUCAUAUGAGCUCUCAGAAGUCUUUGCUUGUGAACAUUGAUAAGAAUGUGAAAUGUAGAGUCAAAAUGGGUACUGGUGAUUUGGUACAGUCAACUGGCAAAGGCACUUUGGUCAUAGAAAUGCAGGGUGUGACUAGAUACAUUAAGGAAGUUAUGAUUGUCCCUGGUUUGGAUGAGAACCUGUUAAGUGUAGGUCAAAUGGUAGAACAUGGAUAUUGGCUUGUCUUUGGUGAUAAUGUGGUUGAUAUUUAUAGGGAUAGGCAGAUGCAGGAUUUGAUUGCAAGUGUACCAAUGAAGGGAAAUAGAUGUUUUCCUUUAAGCCUAGAAUAUGUCAAACCUUCUAUGGCUAAUAAAGUAACAGUUGAGGAGUCAUCUUGGCUGUGGCAUAAAAGGUAUGGACAUCUAAACUAUACUAGUUUGAUGCUCCUACAAGACAAAGAAAUGGUGCAAGGUCUGCCUAGAUUACAAGUCACAAAGCAUGUGUGCUCUGGUUGUGCUACAAGAAAAGGUCACAGAGAACCUUUGGACAAGGAGAAAGUUUGGAGAGCAUCAUAG